CGGCAACUUGUCAUGCUGUACCUUACUCUUACUCCCUUUCAUGAACGUCGGUUACGGCGAGCAUCAUCAUGCCAGCUGCAAAGACUAACAAACCGGCGAAACCAAAGGUCAAGCGAUACCAUGUGUACGCCGUCAUACUCUUCGUUAUGGGGACGCUCUUCCCCCCACUGGGUAGGUUCGGUAUCGGGAAGGAUUUCUGGCUGAAUCUUUUACUCACGAUUUGCGGAUACAUUCCAGGACAUGUGCACAACUUUUACAUACAGAAUGUUAGGAACAACAAGAAUCACCGCCGCACACCCAAGUGGGUCGAGCGCUACGGCCUUGUCGACACUUCAACCAUCAAGCGUCAUGAACAACGUUCUCAGUGGGCAGGGAGAUACAAUGACCGUAAUCCAAACUCUGCUCUGGAUGACCAGCCUCUAGAGGAGGGCCAAGCGUCACCAAGCCGCUCAACCACACAGGAUUCCUCUACCAAGCCAACCAAUGGCAGUGCUCUCUGGAAGGCUGAUGAUGAAUCAUUCUACAAUCCCGGACGUGAAGGUAGCAUGCGUUCAGCUGAAUCAGGAAGUUCUCGUUGGCGUUACCCUGCCAACUUCAAUGAUAUAGUUCCUGAGGGAGACGCUCCAGCGCGGAAGAAGAAAAAGAAGAAAGAUAGGUGGGCAAGAACGGAAGAUGCAUAUACCGCCCCCGAGCAGAAAAAACGAAAGAAGAAGUCAAAGAAUCGCUCUACAACUGGCGAUGAUGGUGAUCUAGAGUCGACCUACUCGCGCAGAGCAGAAUCGAGUGUUGAUCUGGAGGUGCCAGAAGAUGCAGGCGGUGGAACAUAUGGGUCUGGGAGACAAGGCAAUGGGGAUGCAGCGGUGGAGAAUGACCACGCUGCCGCAUUGCAGGGCGAGAGCGAUGUAUUCAACCACGAGUUCUGACGACACGUCCUCUGUAUAUCCUACAUCAAUACUCCACGUUACUUUCUAUCUAUUAUUGCAUGCAGUAUCUUUCAAAGAUCGAUGCACUUCCGCAGUCCCUCACAUAUUAUACGUACAAAUUUAUGCAGUGCUUUCCUUUGUAGACAUCUCAAUGCAUGCGAAUCAUCGAAGAUACUUAUUAGUCGAGGAACAACCUAUUACUAGGACCAGUACUCGGCGCCUGUGUGUACUCGGUUUUCGAGGAGGAAUAACACAGGGAGAACAAUAAAAAC